UCACGGAUUCGGCCGACAUUCUCAGCCAACUAUCAAGCCGAGUGCCAGGUGCUCGUUAAUGCGCGAGUGAUCGAUCGUCGGGUGAGCGUGAUUAAAAAUCUGUCAGGAUUGCAGUGCCACUGGUGACUCUGUUAUGUUCGCCACGCCUAGUCGUAGGGUUUUCGACUCGUUUCCCGAACUCCGCAUCGCGCUUGGAGAAAAUUUACACCUGGAGGGACUCGGCGCUCGUUGCAGUCGCAUAACCGGGCAGCGAUUCGUUUCAGAGGAUAGCGGAUAAACCAGACGGUGGACUAACGUGAAAAUGCUUUCCCACAUUCCGUUUGAGGUUUCUGCCGUGAAGGACAGGUACUCGAUCCUUUUCUUGCGCCGAGUGCGAACGGGCUAAGUGAGCCGGGGAAAUGAGGCUACGGACCAAGCCGCGAGCUGGUGAAUGCAUACCGGGAACAAAAAGGUUGCAAUGAAAGUGCUUCGCUGACAAUGGUGGGGAUCGGGGAAACUGAGGUGGAAAACAGAUACAGCCACUUGUACGGCGGCCAAAUGACCGACUCGACCAUCAGGAUAUUCGACUUUGUGCAGUACAUGGGCUCCUUCGCCGUUGGAAGUCCUGAAGUCGAUGGCAGAGCGGAGUACGUGCGAUCCCGACUGGAUGCUCUCAGGCACAGCCACCGCUCGACACCGGUACUUCUAAUCAUCUCGCUAGCUGGGAUCAAAGUAUGCAGUCCAGAUGGAAAAAUCGUGCAGAUGGCACAUGCGUUGAGACGCAUCUCGUACGCUACUUGUGAGCCUCGACACGCCCAGUUCAGUUUCCUGGCCCGAGAACCCGGGGCGCACUUCAGUCUUCAAUAUUGCCAUUCUUUCAUCAGCGAAACUCCUGAACAGGCCGAGGAGCUGAAUACUAUUGUCGGAAAUGCAUUUCGUAUGGCGUACGCGGCGCAACUACAGAGACAACCGGUCCUCCAGGAGGUGAUCUCGCCCCAGCCAACUCCUGCCCGUCGCAAGGAUCGACCGGAACGAACGAUAAACUUGACCAAACAGUCGACGCGGGGCGGCGACUCGAACGAGAAAAGCACGAUUUUCUGGCCCCAGAGUGUAUUGGCACCGACGCCACGUGGCGGUGGUGCUCCACCCUCGACAGCGGAGAUGAACGUCCAGCUCGGUAGCGCCGGUUCUCCCACGUUGCGCUUGUCUACCGUCAAGACGCCGAAUUCGAUCCCCGGACUGAGACCGUCGCACAACUUCAACAACGUCCUGGGGCCGAUAACGAACGAGGAUGGACCGAAGAGUAUCUCGCAGCAGAGCACGCCGAGCAGCGACGAGAGCAACUCGCCAACCGAGCUCAACUCCUACAAGAGAUUAACGGACAAACCGCCCCUGAUAAAACGGCUUACAAUGGGCCUCGCCGGGGGACGCGACGUCCUCGGUACCAACGGCGAGGACGACAGCUGUCCCCUGGUAAGUGCCGGCAGCACGCCCACCAGUCCCAGCAACAGACCCCGGUCCGGAGGAUACGUCAACGAGGCGAUCAUCGACUCGGAGGGAACCAGGACAAGCUACAACAAGAUCACCUGCGCCGCCGAGAACCUCGACAACACGAUCAACUCGUCGAUAACCGCGAAGAACUUCAACGCCGAAAACAACAGGAUAAGUCACAACUCGCCGAAUUCCGUGUCCGAAACGGAGUUCAAGUCGAAACGGAGAUCGCAGAUCAGCACCUCCGGGAGCUCCGUCCCACCCGACAGCAGCACCCACGGAUCGACGCCCACCCAGACGCCGACCCCGACGCCUCCGCCGCUGCCUGAACGGACGGACAGCUUGAAUAAUCGUACAGAGGAGAGCGAGCUCAGGAAGGCUCCGUGGUUUCAAGCCGGCAUUCCGAGAGAAAUAACCCUGGAAGUUCUCAGCCAAGAACCGGAAGGCGCUUUCAUGGUACGCGAGAGCACGAGCAAACCAGGAUGUUAUGCAUUGUCCCUGAGAGUACCGCGAGAGUUUCAACCGAGCGGUAUCGCUCAUUACCUAAUCAUGCGAACGAACAAAGGCUACAAAAUCAAGGGCUUUACAAAAGAAUUCACGACGCUAACGGCAUUGAUAACGCAUCAUUCGGUGAUGCCCGAACUUCUGCCCUGCCCCUUGUCCCUUAGCCGAUACAAUCCGAGCUUCGUCAAGAGCGAUUCGAACAAGGAUUUCGCGGACAUUGAUUCUGACCCGGAUUACAACACUUUGGCAGACUUCCGGAAGAUGAUGGCAGACUUGAACGUCUAAUUUGAGAGGCGCGAGACUGUAACGAUUAUCUUGAUCCAUAUUCCAGAUGCGUGACAGAUGUGCGGAUCGUCCUUUGCUACCAAAAAGUAAAGGCGAAAUUUUUACAAGUCGCAAAUUAAUUGGUCUCGGAGUUCGCUGACCAAUAAUUAGUGGUACGAAAAGACGUUGGAAAAUAAAAACCCAGUGAUGCCGUGAGAGUUCGUUAAUUGAUUAACGCGCCAACGACUCUUGUUAUAUCCACAAAUACUCUGAAUUCAAAUUGAGGAUAAUCGUAGAAGUUGGCUAUUGUGUUGAGCCGAGUGUUUGAAACCCGAACUGAAUCUUCGAUAAAAUUUCUCGACUCACGAAAUAUUUGAUACCCGUACUUGCAGGCCCGAUGUUUAUUAUGCAGAUCGACCGAAUUUUGUAAAGGUGAAUCAGAACGCUGUUAAAAGUUAUCAAAUGAUGUGGAAGAACGUUCAUUCACAAAAGUAUUCGCAUCCUUGCUGAAGAAUGAUCACUACUUGAAAUAUUUUUCAUCCCUAACAAAGAUUCUAUCGAUUCUAUCUCGAAUUUGAUAUUAUAAUAAUCUCAAGAUACGGCUCGCCUGUUAAAUUUUCGGUACUUACGAAUUCGGCUACCUUUACCGAAACGAUAGAAGAUUUAAGAGAGAGUUGAAAAUUUAUACGAUUUAUACCAGGCCACUUUAUUAACUAUACUGCAGACACCAGCUCCUCCUCCUCCUCCUCCUCCUCCUCAACCUACUCCUCCUUGGUAGCAUGUUGUCAAGUUGAUGUAAAUGUGUUUAUAUGUAUAUAUAAAAUAUGAAUAAUUAUUGUUAAACUAAUGCCAAGAUUCAUAUUUAAUAAUAAUAAUAAUAAAAAUAAUAAUAAUAAUAAUAAUAAUAUCAAAUCACCACACGAAGGAGAAAAAGGAAGAUAAAAAAAAUUAUUAAUCGCGCAGCUGCGAGAGCAACCUAGUCUUGUAUAGAAAGAAAAUGGGGGCAGACACUAAAAAUAAGUUUAAAAUAUAUACAUAUAUAUAUUAUAUAUAUGAAUAUAAGAUGAAAACGAAAAGUAAAUACCGCUUUAAUCGCGUAGAUAAAUAAAACGGAGCUACUAUAUAAUAUAUAUUAUUAUAUAUAUCAAGAUAUAUAAUGCCUACUUUCGAACAAUCGGGUUUACAAGGCGGAUUCGCGUUCGAUCCUAAAACCCCGGCGAUUGAAUUUGACGUGUUGAAACGUUAUUCAAUCCAGUUCUACGGCAGUUUAUUAUCAAUUCACGUGCACUCAUCUAUAAGAAGAAUAGAUACAAUAGUACAUACAAAUUUCACUAAACACACGCAGUAAAAGUGCUAAAAUAAACGUUGAAAAAAAAAGAAGCAAAAAUAAACUGCUGUGAGA